UUCAGGUCGCGCCAUCUACCGCUAUCGCCAUGCAAAUAAAAGUGGAAACAACGAGAUAUGUUUACAGGCAGUUUGCAAAAAAAAAUAGAAAAAACAACUUUAACGUGUGAUUAUUACCAAAGCUUCUUGUGCAAUAGAUGCAGUGUAUUUUUUUACAUUUUACUGUUAAUAAUUUCGGUAAGUAAAAAUUGCUAUACGCGCAUAAUCUAUGAUUGUUACUAUUUUGAUGUUAUUAGUUAUCGUUUGUGUUAUGCCUGUAACGUUCCCGCUUAUUGUUGCCUGUAUUUAUGUUUUUCUUAUCUAACGUCUUUCGCUAUUUUUCGACCUCGUUAUUACUUUCAAUUCGACUGUUUCGCCGGCCAGUUCAUAUGGCGAUAAUCGCCACACUAUAUAAUUGGAGGACUAUAUAACAGCGGUAUUGCACAGCGAUUUCUAUUCCAAGUUGCAGCAACUGCUGUAUUUGUUAUGGAUAAAAAAUGGAGAUUGUGAUAACAACUAAAUUUCAAAAAGUUACCCAUGAAAUACUCUUUCAACCGGAAACUAUUCCAAAAGGGAAGCAACUAGUUAAUGCUGGUCAUGUUUGCGAUGUUAAGGAAUGUAGGCGAAAUAAUCAAAGUUACCUUAUUGAAGCUCAAGUCAUAAGACAAACUUCAGUGUCAUCUCAACCAUACCGUACAAAGUUAAAUAUUGAUGCUGAUCGUAAGGUAACUCUUGUUUCAUGCACAUGUGUUUACAACAAGAGCGGAAAAUGUAAACAUAUAGCUGCUCUCAUUCAUUAUAUUAAUAAUAAUAAGCCUAGUUGAAUAGGAAAAUAUUCCACCCUGAGUUCACUAUUCUCUCACCGGAGCGCUUCCGUAGCUCGUAGCUAUCCCCUCCAACCGACUGCACAGA